AAUAAGAGCAAAUUAAGAUCACCAAAGUACUUGUGAGUGUAUACCCAACACAAACUAAGAUCAACAUGGACUACUACACCCGCGUUUCAGAAGUUGAGAGGGAACCUAUCAUGGAGUAUUCCACACCACGACCAAUGAUGGGCAACUACCACCACCCUAAUGCUCACCGUGUCCUCAACGAGAAGAUUGUUUAUGAGGAGGAUGUGAUUGGAGGAUCCCGCCACAACCACAUGCAUCACCACCACCCUGAGACUCAUGAGAGAGUCAAGGUGGUGGAGUAUGAACAAGUUCCUGAGAGGCGCGUUGUCUAUGAAGAGAAAGUUGCUUAUGACAACGAUCGUUACUACUCUCCAAGGUAUUGAAAUUGGACAAAUGGAAGAACACCUAUAACGUGUUAUCAUGUGGCUUUUUAUUAGGCAGGCUACCUAGUAUACCAAAAGCACCACUGUGCUUGUACUAAAUAAAUUCCUGCUUAUAUAUACUGGCCAUUAUGUUAUAUAUAAAAAUCAUAUGCAUGCCGUUUAUAUAAAUAAAGCUAUGUUGAUUAAUAUAUCUAUUUUGUA